AUGGAAGACUUUGAAGAAAUUGCCCCACACAUCUUGUUCGAUCUAAAGAAUCGUAGUAAUUCUUUGUCAAAGAGUGGUAACAGUGCUGUCUCGUCACCACAGAUCUUCACUGGACAAGAUGCCGAUGGAGUACCAGCCUCGCCUGUGUUUGGCCGCUCCAGUCUCUCCUCAUCCUCAGGACUGAGAAACAAGACUGGUUAUCACUCACCAUCCAACUCAUUUGUAUUAUACGACAACAGCAACAACAACAACACUAGUGGCGUUGCCAACGACUCGGAAUCCACCACCACUACCACCGCUAGCAAUAACAACAACCUGAAAUCCAGCAGUGCCAAUCUCUUUAGCAAUAUGUUCUAUCAAUCAUCAUCUUCGGGCGCACCAUUCUCCUCCAUUCCAAUCCCAUUACGCACAACCUCACCCACAAACACCUCACUCAGAUCGUCCGCUGAAUCAUUGCUAUCCACCUCCACCGAUUCCAUCACCAACUCCUGUUCAUUAAUUUCCUUGUCGUCGUCGCCACUUCAAUCUGUACCAUCAUCCCCACCUUCGAAACCAAUUAAAUUCCACUCGUUCAAACAACAGCAACAACAACAACAACAGUAUUCAUCAUCACCUUCGCCAACAUGGGCCAGCAUCAUGAGAGUCGUCUUCUUUACAUUACACCACGAGUUACGUGAGAAGCCAUUCUUCUCACUCAAGACCGAUGUCUAUGAAUUCAUGACUACACAUUGGGAUAUCUUGUGUCUCAACAAGAAGCGUUCGGAGAACUGGCACAAGCAAAUCCAAGACAUGCUUUCACACUCAAAGAAUAUAUUUGAGUCCGGUAUGGACACCUACAAACAAAAUGGAUUCUGGCGUUUGAAACAAAUCAUCGAUCCAUGGACCAUGCAAAAGGGUGGUCGCAAGAACAGCACCAACUCCAUCAUGUCCUCUCCAGUUCAGACUCCAGGUUCGCCAAUCACCAUUUCCUCCAGUUCCAGCACAGCUUCCCACGCUUCAUCACCACGUCAAACCUCACACUCCAUCAACAUCCCACGUUUAAAUACCUCGCCCUUAAUUCUUUCCAACCACGGACAGCUUUUCGAUGAUUUCAAAGUAAAGCGAUCCUCGAUCGACAUGCUACUUUCUACCUCACUCGAAAAUCUCGACAUGGAUUCCCCAAGAAAGAAACGUUUGUCAGACUCUGGAGAAGUUCACAGAAACUACACUGAUGAUCCAGAUGAAUUAUAUAUUGAUGAUAAUCAAUAG